UGAUGACGUCCUUCCUGCUGCACCGUGUCAACACGUGUGUGGUGUACUCUUGAGAGCUGAAGGGGGAAAAACAGCGACUAAACUUCAGCUGUCAACACACCGGAGUGUCGUUUUUCUGGUUUACCCGGGGAAGGCUUCGCCGACUAAGCCGCCAAAAUGGUGAAGCCUCGUUUCAAGGGGAAAAGCUCCAUAAACCCCUCAUCGUCCAGCAGCAACCCCGGUGAGCUAACAUCCAUGAGCAGCGACGGCGUUUGUUUACAGCUAAUGCUAACUGCGGCUAACAGGACACUUUUAUACCCCGAAAUAAGCGUAUAGCUUCCUAAUUUAUUUAUCUUUCAACCUAUCCAAGUUUUACUGAUCUGAUUAAUGCUGAUGCUGAAUGCUGAUUAAAGCAGAUCUGUGUCAUUGUUAUUAAAGAUAACUAAAAAAAAAUGUAGGGGAGAGUGGUGUAAGUUGAGCCACCCCCUGUUUCUUGGAAAUGUUAAAAGAAAUUGAUCAUGUGACCAAAUAUUUAGGAGAUGGGCAUCAAUUCAUGGAAUCUGUGAAGGUUAGAGGCACAUGGGUGAAGGGGUUAGACCAGGGGUGUCAAACUCAACCACAGCAAAGGUCAUAAUCUGGAUUUAGGUCUAACCUGAGGGCCAGAGUCAACAUUUCACCCAAACUGUCAACUUCCUUUUCAAAAAAUAUGUAAAACAAAAACAGCAAUGAUUAUAAACCAUUUGGAAAUUCAGAGAUAAAAGAUAAGUUUGAAGGCAAUCUGAGAUAGAGAAAAAUAUUUUAUUUUUUAUUCUUUUUUUAUUUAUUAGUUCAAAAGAUCAGAGCAUCAUAAUAAAAACUGAAAAAUAAUGCUUUUAAAGAGCAAAUACACAAGGAGAACGUUGAAAUCAGGUUUAAAAGGUCAAAGUAUGACGUAAAAUUUAAAAUUGGACUCUAAAGUAUAAAAAAUACACAAGUUUAAAUACUGAGUUGAACAAAAUCAAAGCAUGAAAUAAAAAAUCCAAUCAUGUUUGACUUGUAAUCCUGAAAUGCAAAAUUGAAAACAUGAAAUAAAACACCAAAUAUAUUCCUCCCACAUUCUUGACUAUUUAUCAAAUCUUCCUUACUCUUUCAUUUCCUGGAUUUUCGUGGCUUAUUAAGGACAUUUUAAAUAAUUGUGCUAAAGUUCACAAUAUUAUACUGGAGGAAAUCUGCAGACUUCAUACUGGUGGGCCAAUAAUAAUACAAAUAUGAUAUGAUCUUGUGGGCCAGAUAUAAUUGUUCCACGGGCCAGAUUUGGCCCCCGGGCCUUGAGUUUGACACCUGUGGGUUAGACAUUUAUUUCCAAAAAAUCAUUUUUUACUCUUGAAAGUGAAUUUAGUCGGUCAUAAGUUUUGUUAGAAAUGUGUUCAGACCAAAAAAAGAUCAUUUUAAAUUUGUUUUAUCCAUCAAUUGUGGUAUCUAUGAGCUACAACAAGAGGUCAAAAACCUAGCAUAAAAGUCCACCAUUUUAGCUUAGAGGACUAAUAAAGUCAUGAUAGUAGUUCUUGGGUAAGUUGAGAAAGUAAAAGAGUCUGAUGAGAGGAUCAGAGUUUCAGCUCAGAUUGUUGAGAUGUUUUUACUUUUUCUUUUCAAAAUACAGCUGUGAAUGUUCUGAAUCACUUAAAGACAUUCUCAUGUUAAAAUGGCUUUUUACACGGGUUAAGCGAAGCAUCGGAGACCUCUUUUUUUGGCAUGGUAUAUUACCAAGACAGUUAUGUUUACACUCAUUCUGUUGGUUUGCAGGGAUGCACAACAUCUUGAAAUAUAUGCAGAUACACUAGUUAGAAACAAAACUAUGAUUGCCUUGAUGUAGUGAUCUGAAAUAUGAAAAAUGGCUCAUCUUAUCCCACUUUCUCCUACAUGUUUUUCACAGACCGAGCCAAGGGUGCUGGUGGAAACAACAUGAGGGAUCGAGCAACAAUCAAGCGUCUGAAUAUGUACAGACAGAAGCAGAGAUGGUAAGUCAUGCUGAAUAUUUGUUCUGUUAUUCUGAAGUACCGUGUUGCAGGUAUUCCUAGUGAAUAUAAUCAUAAAAACUCUGACAUGACGUCCAUUCUGUCACUGUCUUCCUCUCCUCAGUAAUAGCCGUGGAAAAGUCAUCAGACCAUUACAGUUCCAGUCCACAGUGGCUCCAGGGACUGUGGCCAGAGUGGAGCCGAACAUCAAGUGGUUCAGUAAGUCCACCCCUUCACCUUUCUCUUUCAUACGUGUCUUUACUUUGACAGUGUUGAGUGUAUCUGUAAUCAGAAUGUGGUAUUUGUUUAUUUUUGCAACAUACAUUUAUUCUGGCACUUGAAUUGAGCAUUUAUAUGUCCUGUUGGAUACACUGCAGAUAUACUAAGGGAAAGUAUCGUUUCCCUGUGGUUUUGGAUAAUUGUGCUGAAGUUUUGUGGUUUAAAAAGCCAACACUUGAACACAUGGAGUUGUAUUGCUUAGCAACCUAAUGUCUAUUUGUCUGAGUAUUUGGUACUUCUUUGCCACAUCUAUUUCAAGCUCUCAAGCAAGAAAACCAAAUAAAAAAGCAGCACACACAAAAGACUGUUUCAGUACUUCAUCACUCACUUCAUUUGAUAGUUUUUGUAAGGUUUGAUCCAAGACAGCCUGCAUAAAAUCCACUGAGUAUUUCAGUUUUUCAAAAAAGUCGAGGUCAAUUUUUAUCAAUUUGAACUCAAACAGUGAAGUCUUCAAUAUCUUGAAGAGUUGGUUUGGGGUGAGAAUAGCAUUUAUACUCCGUGAGUCACAGAAGACUCUCAUUAUGGUAAGAUACAUGAAAUUCAGAUUGAUAGUAACAGUGAUGCUGUGAUGAUCAGAUACAUUAUGAUACCUGAUUACUUAAAAAUAUAACAUGCCCUCCAAAAGGCCAAGUGCAGGAAUAAUGUGCUUUUUAAUCGCACAUUGGUUUCAUUCAGUGACAUGAAAUAAUUUUCAUGUUUUCAUGUUAUGGUUAAUGUAGAAAAGACAAAUUAAAAUGCAUGUUUACAAGAAGUACACACUUUAUUAAAGAUGAAGUUGUUUGUGUUUUCUUUGUAGCUGUUACAGCAACAUUGUCAGUGAAACUGCUUCUGCUUUAUGAGCAAAGGUGUAAAUCUUGAUCGUAACACUAGUUUAUAACCUAUAGUCAUGCACUCAGACUUAAAAGUAAAAUAAAACAAGCAGGAAUUGAAAACUUCUCCGAAGGGAAGGGAGUGAAACCCUUUCUUCAGACUGGGGUGUACCCUCCAUCUUUCCUCCUGUCUACUAAUCAUCCAGCUGUGUCUAUACUUGUACCACACAGGUCAGGAGUCUGUCCCACCCCUAGAGUUGAUAUCAUCUUUAGGGCUGUUCUGAUACGAUAUUGAUAUUGGAUAUCAGUCCGAUAUCAGUCAAAAAACAAAUAUCGGAUUAUAUCAGCCUGCAUAUAAAAUCUCAGAUCUCAACACUCCAAUACAAGCAGUCCAUUCCAGACUCCGCUCCAGCACACAUGCAGUGCCCGGAUCCAGCAUGCAGAGCCCACAUGAUCACAACAAGAGUGUGUACUAAGGUACUGACAAAGUAACAAGGAGUACGAGUGAUGUCGGCCAUGUGGUAGUAUUUUUCAUUAAAGUCUGAAAAAGCUGUUGCAGCUGAGUGGAAAACUUGUCUUGCACAAGUUUGUGCCAAUAUCGGAUCAAUAUCGGUAUCAGCCAAUACUGAAGGCUACAAUAUCGGUAUUGUAUCGGAAGUAAAAAAGUUGUAUCGGGACACCCCUAAUUAUCUUCUUUGUGCUGCCUCUCUUGUUUUUGUGAGGCAUAUGCAUAUGAAAAAGUCAGCAGAGUCUCAUUUUUACUCACAACCUUCGUAAUCUUUGAGUGAAAUCCAAGAACACCCGCUCUUAUGGGUUCCCAGAUGUUCUGCCAUCGAGAUAAUCCGAUCAGCCUGUCCCACUAAUUGUUUUUCCCCAUUCUAUUUAAUUAGGAAACAGGGCAUCCACUGAGUGAAUUACAGAAAGUGAUGUGGAAAUAGAAGCAUGAAUCCAAACAAGUCAUCACAGACGAUGUUUGACUGCAUUGGAUCUUCAUUGUAAUGAGAGCAGAUGUUAAAAGAAGAUUCUUUUUUAUGUACAAGUGGAAUCCUUCGUUACCUCUGAUGUAACUCAGAAUUGAGAAUGACGGGGUGACUGGGAAGCUGAAAAAGAAAAGGGAUAUUCUAAAAAAUGGGGGUGUAAACUGGUUUUCAUUUGCAUAUUUCAUCUGUGUUCUAGCAAACACCCGUGUCAUCAAGCAGUCGUCGCUCCAGAAGUUCCAAGAAGAGAUGGGGGCCGUACAGAAGGAUCCAUACCGUGUGGUGAUGAGACAAAGCAAACUUCCCAUGUCCCUCUUGCAUGAUCGAGUCAAAGCCCAUGUGAGUAUGACAGGAGUGAUCUCUGUAUGUUUAAAUUUGUACCCCUGUCUUACAGAUUUUAUUAAACGUACAUUAGGGAUAUAAAAGUCCAAAGUUGUUAUUUUCCUCAUACCAUUCAGCAGAGGAAAGAAUCAUACCUCCAUUUUCACUCAGUAGCCUGUUGCUUUGUAUUUUAUGAGGUGAGCUGAACAUGAGGCUUUACUUUAAUCUUCAUUCAAUUCUCACUUUGGCCCGCUGUGACCCGGAGUGUGCUGGCUCCGUGCUUGGCAUAAAGAAAUGCGCUCCGCUAGACUCUGACUCCUCCACCUCAUAACCAACGCAAACUCAAAUGCGAUCCAGGUCUUCGCUGUCUCUUCCAACAUAUCGUUGGGUCUGUUUCAGUCCUCUUUUAUAUUCUGCUCUUUUCCCUCAGAGGAACUACAAUUCAGGUCUGACUCCUUUCGUCAGAACAGCCGAAGAAACAGUUUGAAUCUUUAAUAUUAGUGCUUAUUUAUUGUCAGAAAAUCUUGUUUAACUAACUCUGCUGCACAGUCUAAGCAUCAUUUCCUCUCUAUCUUUUACAGCUCCUUGAAGCUCAUUCAUGUUUUUAAUAUCUUUUUAAAGCCACUUAGUUUGUGUAAAACAAAAGCUACUAAGUCUGAAUGUCUGGCUGCUGAAUGAAAAGCGGGGUGGUUGUUACUUUUCCAACAAGGCUUGAAUCAAACCAGAGUUUUGCGGUACGAUCUGGGAACUGCUUCCUCAAAGAACCGGGGAGCUCUGUCGAAAAUCUUGGCAACAUAAAGCCUUCAACAGCCUUGUUUCCGACAAACCUUGUAAACUUUUGGUCCCCGCUCCUCUCAUGGCAAUGUUCUAAUAAAGAUAUGGUUUGUGAUUCAGCUUUGUUGGAACAUUUAAUCAGCCCUGGCACAGGCCUGGCUGUUUUAUUGGCGUCUUUGUUGCAUAUUUGGGUGUUCUGUUUACUGUAUGAAUCUGUUUUGUAAUAACGUUUGAAGCCCUUAGAAGGACUGUGCCCGCUAAGUGUAUUGAAAUUGGUUAAACAUCCUGUUAUCUGUGGAGCGGUAACGGUUUCCAGGUCGCCAUACCGCGAGCCAUCAGUCGGAAAUGGCAUGAAAUUGUUGGCCUUGAGUCGACACAAGAGGAAACCAGUGUUUGAUAAAUAAUGUUGCUGCGUUACUGUCCUUGAUCAGGCCUCACUUCUGUCAUAUAACUUAAACUUACGGCCUCUUCUUGUAUGAAUUCAUACAUCACUUCCUGUUAACACACGUUUGUCAUACGAUUAAAAAAAUCACAGUAGGAGGUUUAAAUCGCUGUUCGUACUCUUUCUCUUAAUUCCUGCAGAACUCUAAGGUCCACAUUUUAGACACAGAGGGUUUCGAGACCACAUUCGGGCCAAAGGCUCAGAGGAAGAGGCCAAGUCUUGUGGUGGGAGACGUGAAGGACCUCCUAGAGCAGGCAGAGGCCUCAGCUAUGACCUACAAUGCAGACAAGGACAAAGACCUGGUGACUGAGGACACAGGGGUCAGGUAAGACUUUCAAAAUAUUUCACUGAUGCACCAGAGGCGAGGUCACUGAAUUUUUAAACACAAAUGUAGACUUUGUAAGAUUUUUAAUUGAUUGUUUGAAAACAGGGAGGAGGCCCGGGAGGAAAUCUUCAAAAAGGGUCAGUCAAAGAGGAUCUGGGGAGAGCUUUACAAGGUACCACUCCUGUUCUCCUCUCUGUACAUGAAUCAGGACUCAGGAUUGUUACGGUGUCCUUUACACUCUUCACUGUUUCACUUUUACAGGUAAUUGAUUCGUCUGACGUCAUCAUCCAAGUGCUGGACGCUCGGGAUCCCAUGGGCACACGCUCCAAGAGUAUAGAGUCGUAUAUGAAGAAGGAGAAACCUUGGAAACAUCUGAUCUUUGUUCUCAACAAAUGUGAUCUCAUCCCCACCUGGGUUACGGUUAGAAACCGAUCAUCUCAUCACAUUUGACUGGAAGUGAUUAUAUUUGGCUUCUUCGUUUCGCUGAAUUGUGCUUCUGUCUCUUUGUUUCCAAUUCUCUCUAAACCAGAAACGGUGGGUUGCUGUUUUGUCCCACGAGUACCCCACUCUGGCUUUCCACGCCAGCCUCACAAACUCAUUCGGGAAGGGCUCCCUCAUCCAGCUGCUCCGGCAGUUUGGCAAGGUAAGCUCUGCCCUCUGGUUCUGAUGGAUCCAGUGACUAUCAGGACCAUCGCAGCUUGAUUCGCUGGUUGAUGUUAGCUCACUGUGCUGCUCGUGGAAUCGUGUCAUCUGCAACAGAACCUUUUGGAGCUUUUAAAUUGAAGCUCGUGGAUCUGUUUGGAUUGAUGGUGAUGCAAAGAUGCAUUCAUUUAAAAGGGUUUUAAAUGCUUUAAAGGGAUAUUCUGGCAUAAAUUUAAGUUUAACACAAAGUUAGACACCCCCUUGAGAGAUGAAUGUUGCCGACCGCUUGUUUCUCUAGUUUUACCAACUUUAGUAACGACCGCAGGAUAGCAAUGCACAGCGGUCUACAUCUCCAAACGCAAACCUCGACUAAAAAGCCGCUCUAUAGUCACAAAUAAUGCUCAGAACAGCACCUAACUUCAUCAACAGUACAUAUAGGGUCCCAGCCAUAGUACUAGCCACCAAACAUCUUUUUAACUUUGCCUGAUUUCUUUAGCAAAGAGACUAAACACAAGUCACCCAUUCUCCUCCAGCAGCCGCUUGUUUGUGGGGGAGCCCUGACUUGUCGAUCACUUAGUGCAGUGGAGUGUCGCAGCUCAAGGAAGAACAUGUGCACUGCAGACGCGGUAUUUUUUCUGCCUUAGCGUCUCGGUCUGAUUGCAUUUCCAUGAAGUAAUGAUCAUAAAUUUUCCGCUGCACUCGGCGAUCGACUUCCCAGGGCUCCCCCACAAACAAGCGGCUGCUGGAAGAGAGUAGGUGAGUUGUGUUUUGUCUCUUUGCUAAAGAAAUUAGGCAAAGUUGAAAAGAUGUUUGGUGGCUAGUGCGAUGGCUGGGACCCUAUAUGUACUGUUGAUGAAGUAAAGUGCUGUUCUGAGCAUUAUUUGUGGCUGUAAAGUGGCUUUUUAGUCAAAGUUUGUGCGUGGAUCCAUAGACCGCUGUGUAUUGCUAUCAUACGGUCGUUACUCAAGUUGGUAUAACUAGAGAAGAGAGCAGUCGGCAACAUUCAUCUCUCAAGGGGUUGUCUAACUCGGUGUUACAGUGUGUUUGACCAUAACCUAAAUUUACACCAGAAUAUCCCUUUAAACUUAGUACAAAUGCAUCAAACCCAAUUAUUAAAGUGCGCCUUCACUUUGUUGAGAGAGGCUUUAUCUGCACUGCCAGACUUGAACACGCAAAGUUGCGUAGCGGUGGGGGAAUGUAGCGUGUUUAUGAACGCGCCGGUACAUAAAAGAUCUGAGAGGUCAAGAAACUCAAACGGUUUCAUAUUCAAAUAAAAUGUUCUUGUUAGAUUUAAUAUUUUGAUUUAAAGAGGCUUUUAUGAGGGAGACACUGAAACCUUUGUUUUUCCCUGUAAAAAAGUUUUCCCCCGUUGGACCUCAUUCACCAAAAAGUCUGGAGAUAACAAGGAAUAAAAAAAAAAAACCCUUCUUCCAAAACAACAGAUAGCUUUAUCUCUGAUUUUGAAGGGUUUUAGAUCUUCAUGAUUAUCUUGGCCACGUAUGAAAGUCCCUUUAAGAGAUAUCCUGUGGUAUGUGUUUUGAACAAACUACACUUCGGUUUUGGAGUGGUGACAAGUUCCCUUUUUUUUUCAUGGCUGAUGGAAACAGAACCCGGUCUAAAAUUACCUCUGCGAACCGACGACAGGCUGAGGCUGUUGUUCAGGAAACAGAGCACCCUGACUCUAUCUUUCUUUUCCUUCCACAGCUCCACACAGACAAGAAACAGAUAAGUGUGGGUUUCAUUGGCUACCCCAAUGUGGGAAAGAGCUCGGUCAUCAACACGCUGCGGUCGAAGAAGGUCUGCAAUGUGGCACCCCUCGCUGGGGAAACAAAGGUAAGGUCCCCUAACCUUAUUUAAACCUUCACAAAAGCAGUCAGUGGAACAGGAUGAGUACAGUCUGUGAGUUUGGUUCACAGUCACUCAAGGCCUUCAGUAAAGAACAUUAAAAACAGAUCCUAUCAUGUUAACAUACAGCCACAAUGAUGAGGGUUUUAAAGAGUGAAAGAGUCUCUGAUUCGUUUCACCUCCAUACCCCUCAUCUUUCGUAAUCGUCGAUAGCUGCCGCAACAGAAGUAGUGUGCUUUGUCUUUAAACUGUAGACAUAAAAGUCUUAAGUGAAGAUUUGGCAAAGGAGAAAGAACAACAACCACUUUUAUCUUUCAUUUCCUCUCUCUCUCUGGCUGUUUAUCCUUUUUUAAAACCUGUCUGAAAACCCAAAAUGUCCAGAGCAGGGUCAAGACGAAAGAGGGAAAAUAGCUUUGCUUGGCCGUGCUCGCCAAAAGAGUGGAGGGUUUUUUUUUGUUUUGUUUUUGCACACCUGAUGGCAUGAGAGAAUCUGAUGGGCUUGUGGCCAGAGCUCCUUUAUUUCUUACCUUGCCUUUGAAUCUCACUAAAUACUAAACUGUGGCACCGUAAAACUCUCACAGUGCACACGACUGUUCCUACUUUGUUCCUGUCUGUCACAGCGCUGUGAUGUCUUUGACUAAUGAAGCUGAAAAGACGUUUGUUGGAUCUUUUCUUUGUACUUUGCUGUUUGACUCCAGCCAGUAUUGACUUCCUCGCCCUGAUAGGUGUGGCAGUACAUCACUCUGAUGAGGCGCAUCUUCCUCAUCGACUGUCCCGGCGUCGUCUACCCAUCAGAAGACAGUGAAACUGAUAUUGUGCUAAAAGGAGUGGUAAGUCUUUUACUUUGUUUCUUUACCAAGUUCUUUUUCUCUUUGGGCUCUACAUACCUCUGCUACCACCCCAAAAAUGCCAAGGGUGAAUAAAAGUUCAUCUGUGCUCCCCAUAGCCCUGAAAAACAGCAGGAGUAAUUCAGGAUAAUCCACCAACUGUUAAUGUGGCAUUUUUGACAGCCCGAGUACCUUAAACAAAAUGAUGAAAGGAUUCCCGUCGCUAACACCGGGCUGUUUUAAAAAACGCCUUCAUCAGCUCGGAUUCUAAUCCCGAGGAUCUCUCACCCUAAAUCCGAGGUUUAACACAUAGGCCACGCAGUCUCCGUAACUGAAAGGUUUCAGGUUCACGCUUUCAAACUGCACGCCUCUCUUCUUCACCUUCCUCCCAAAGGUUCAAGUGGAGAAGAUCAGGAACCCGGAGGAGCACAUCGGGGCAGUGCUGGAGCGGGCCAAGCCGGAGUAUAUUCAGAAAACCUACCGCAUCCCAUCGUGGAGCGGCGCUGAAGACUUCCUGGAGAAGCUGGCAUUUCGUUCUGGAAAACUACUAAAGGUCUCAGAUGUCCCUCUUUGGUUUUUCUUGCAUUAAAAAAAAAAACAGCAGCUUUUAUAGUUUAAAUUUAUCAACCGGUCUGCUGGAAAAGUUUGUUUAAAGGUUUUGAGUUGAAAAGGACACUCUCAACAAACAAUACAUCAUGACCAUAUGAGUGCUAAUUUGAUUAAAAGCAAACACAAACCGUGUACAAAGUGAUUCAUCUGACAUAUCGUCCAUAAUAACAGCAGAGUUUGAAGCCAGGUGUGUAUAAAUGACUUGUUUUAAAUGUCUUUGUGGAUAUUUUUCAGGGCGGUGAGCCAGAUCUUAGCACAGUCUCCAAAAUGGUGCUGAAUGAUUGGCAGAGAGGACGUAUCCCCUUCUUUGUUAAACCCCCUGGACCUGAGGGCGAUCAGGAGGUAGGAGUCUGCUGAAUUUUACACCUCUGCUUUUUCAUUUAAUAACUGGAUUUCUUUACCAACUUGUGCCUUUUGUCUGAACUUUCCUUCUGAAACUGUGAUGUCUGCAGGACAAGGAGCUUUUGGCAGUGGAAGGACCCUCGGAUGUGGUUGAGAAUCUCCAGGAGGAACAGCUUGACAAUCCAGAUACCACCUCAGAGGAAGAGCAGCAGCGGCAGCAGAAACAGAAGGAACAAGUUCAGAAGAUGCUGGCGAACGUGCGACAGAACUUUGGCAAGAUCAGCGUGGCACCUGAGUUCAGCGAGGAAGACUUGGUUCCCGUCGAGAUGCCUGACCUGGACUUGGACGACUUCUCUGGCUCCGACGAGGAUGAUGAGGUAGACAGUGAAGAGGAGGACGGGGAAGAAGGAAACAGAACCGGCGCUGAACCUGCUGAUAGAGAGGCUGCGGGACCGGUGCCCACAGCGGCUCAGACUGUAAAGGCUAACGGCAACAAGAGUUCACGCGAAGUGGUUAAGGAGCUGGACGCGAAGAUUGCCAAGUACAAGCAGUUCCUGGAUCGAGCCAAGUCCAAACGCUUCUCUGAAAUCCGGUCCGUUUGCUCACACCCAAAACCAAACUUGCAUGUUUGUCUUUGUUUUAUGCUCCAGUGAGCCAACAUGAAGCUGUUAGACAGAGGGAUCCAUGCAUUUGUUAAUUUCUUUAAUCUGCCUCCUCCUGUCAGAAUUUAGCUUCUACUCUGAGCAUAAUGUGACUUGAUUUCGACUGUUUUAAAAAUGUUUGCUCACUGAAUAAUGAUGUGCUUUUCUUUCUUCUCGCAGGAUACCUAAGGCACUCUCCGAGAAAGUGUUUACAGACCUGAAGACUAAACAAGCGGCCGCAGCUAAACGAGCGAAACAAGCACAGAAAAAAGGUAGUAAACAUGUUUGUCUAAGAUGAUCUUUGAGAAAAAUGUGACACCAUUUCUCAGAACUACGUUUAAACACACCUGCCAUCUCACUGUUAUGAUGAUGCACUGACACAAAUACCUGAAGUUAUACAAGUAGGUCAGGUUGACUCAGAGAUGCAGAGAUACUACAUUUGUUGAUCUUUGUUUGACUCCAGCUGUGAACCAGAGGAAGAGGAGAGCCGAGGAUGACGGAGAGUCCACCCAGACACACAAACUGACUUCCAAGCAGGUAUGCAAUGUUUGCUCCCUCUGACGUCAAACAGACCGCUCUGCCUCAGCACCGCAGAUAAAACGCCCUUUUUCCCCUAACUGAUGUAAUAGGUCAGAAAGGAAAAAAAAGGUCUGGUCGUGUUCUUUUUUUUUUGUUUUAAACGGAAGAUUUUUAUCAUUUUUCUCUGUUUCUUUUUAUCUGUCUCUACAGAAAAGAGCGAUGGACCGUGCUCAGAGAACGAAGAAAGUAGGUGUUCGCUAUUACGAAACACACAAUGUGAAAAACAAGAACAAGAACAGAAAGGCUCCGGCUUCAGCUGCAGAGGGACAAAAGGCUAAGAGAUCAAAACACUAAGGCAGAGUCUUAAAAUACAAGAAACCUUUUAUUUAAAUUAGACGAAAGACUGUGUUUUAAAGAAAAAGUGGGAAUAAGGUGGAACUGGAUCAGUUUGAUAAACUGAUUUUGUCAGACACGACUUAAUGUGUCUUUCAGGGAAAUCACUGUUUUUGCCUCUUCAGCUCUCUCCCCUGCUUUUGAAUGACAUUUCAUUCAUCACAUACAGAUGUAAUGCUCUCUUGAUGUUCAAGAGAAAUGUACAGUGAUUGUUUGAACUGUACUUGUUAUGUCGUGCUGUUGGAGACAAUAAAACACUUGCUAAUGAC